GCGGGGGCGGGCGGGGGCUGGGGCCGCCCCCGGGCACGGCCCCCCCCGAGCGGCGGCAGCGGGAGCGGAGACAUGCCGUACCUGCUCAUCAGCACCCAGAUCCGCAUGGAGGUUGGCCCCACCAUGGUGGGGGACGAGCAUUCGGAUCCCAGCCUGAUGAGCUACCUGGGGGCCACGAAGAGGAACAUGCUGGGGAACCACUUCUGGGAGUACUACGUGAACGACGCACCGCGGAUAGUCUUGAACAAGCUGGAGAGCUGCGGGUACCGGGUGGUGAGCAUGACAGGCGUGGGCCAGACGCUGGUGUGGUGCCUCCACAAGGAAUAGCGAGGAAGGCUCCUGCGUUCCACCUGGACGAGACCCUGCUGGGAAUCAUCUCGCACAGGACCCACAGCAACCUUUUCCCCCGUAAUUCCUUUCUGUCCCAGACUGCAGGCACUCGGGCGUGGGGGGGAGGAACGGUACAGAGGCAAAACCUGACCCAAUGGAAACCUGCCAUCCCUGCCCUUUCACAAGGCCAGGGGGAGGAAGGUAUGCCCAGUCCAGGUAAAAUCAGGCAUAGGGAACAGAUGGCUCACUCUCUGCCUUAUUCCGAAUCUGGCAAAUACCAUCUCUUUACGUUUUAAUCAUCUAUUUAGCAUGCAUUGGAGGAAGCUCAAGUAACAGCCUUGUCUGCCUGUUCCUCAGGGCCACCCCAGAGAGGUACGUGCUGAGCCGUGAGUUCAGGGCAUGCCUUCUCCCCGGCCGUGGGGGCAGGCCAAGCACAGGUGGCAGACUAGCUCGUCCCUGAAACGUAAGCGGGAACUGCAAAGCCCACACAGUCCUUCCUUCAGCAAGGCUGGCUCCUCUCCCAAACGGGACUGUGGCUAGCAGCAUCACGAGGCCUUCAGCCCCAAGCGUGCCAUGGGAGCAUAACACGUUCCUGCGAUAGCCUUAGAGCAGCACAGGAAGCUCUUGUGAACGUUCUGGGUAUGGGCUCUGUAAUCUUAGCAGCAGCAGCUGCAAUGCUGGAUUGUUUGGGACAGUAUCAAUCCUGCUGUAGGGGUAACACCAAUAAAACAUUUAUCCAAAGAGA